AUCGGCCAUCAUAGCCUCACAAGGUUCCUCGUGAGCAGACAGCAGCAGUGGACACUGUAAUUAGCAUCAAACUGAUUUACAUCUUAAGGACCAGGAUGUGGAAUCUUCGUCUCACUUUAAUGCUCGUCGGUGUUCUUAGAGCUUCUCUCCUGGCUGGGGUGCAGAGUCAAAAACUGAUCUCCCCAAACUCUGUGGUCUCACCUGGAGAAGUUCUUCAGUUCACAUGUACCACACCCAGUCCAACACACACCUCUGUAGACUUCAGUUUGUAUAAAACUGGGACAUUAAUAAAGAAACAAACUGCAGAGACUACAACAACAUUUACUCUGACUGUAGAUGAAUCACAUCAGGGUCAGUACACCUGUGACUACUCCUACAAUCGCUCCACCUCAUCCAGGAGCAACUCUAUUAACAUCACUGUGGUGAACUUGCAGCAGCCCAAGAUCUCCUUCAGUGCUGCUGAUGGAUGGUCCCACGGUGGGCCUGAAGGACCAGAAAUGAUCAGGGGCUAUGGCUUCUCCAUCAUUUGCGCCAUUAUACCUCAGUAUCCAGGAGGUUCCUUCCACUUGGGGUUCAGUGGAUCCAGCAUCACCAGAACUCAGUCAGCUGUGAACCACUCAGCCGUCUUCCUUUUUCCUGAAGCAGAUUUUGAUCAUCAGGGAAACUACAGCUGUACUUAUGAAGUUAGCGUGUCUUCACGUACCUUUACCUCCACUCCCACCGAACCCCUUUUACUCACUGUGAAAGCAUCUCUGGCUCCCUACAUUGGUAUUGGAGUGACAGCAGGACUGAUUCUCAUCUUAGUUCUAGUUAGUAUUUACUUUGGGAAGACACAGAAAAGACGGAAGUGUCAGAGGGACAAGAAGAAUGAGCGUAAUUCACAGCGUGCCAAAAACACAUAUGAUUUUCCCCAAGCAGAGAUUGAGAGAGAUGACAGAGAUGCUUAUGAAAACAUGGAAGCCAUUUUCAACCAGAAGGAUGAUUCGGAGGACUCAGAUAAUGACUACAUUAAUGUCAAUGUCCUUGUCAGUGAACAAAGAAGUGAUGCGGAUGAUGACUAUACUAAUGCUGAUGCUGAGGAACAAAGAAGUGCCAUGGACAAUGACUGUGAGGAUGCUGAAAUUUAUGCAAACUGUUUAGAGUAGUGUGGAGAACUAUAUGAUUAUACAAAAUCCCAUAUGUUUUCAGUUAUGUGGGGACAGACACAAGUGCAGAUGAUCGAUGUUUAUUAAAAAGGUAGCAAACAAAAAAAGACACAUAAUCCUAGGUCAAAAUCAAGAUAAAAAAAUAAAAAAUGUACUAGUUUGGUAGACUCUGUAGUACAUGCAAAAGGUGCUGCAACAAAGUAAUAGUUAAGGGGUGUGUGCACUUAUGCAAACAAGUUCAUCUAAAUUUACUCUUAUUUUUAUUGUUUCUCACUUCAAUUUUGUUAGAUACUAAGGCACAUAAAAGAAGGAAAAAGUCGUGGCAUGAAUUAUCUUGGUUUAUUUAUUUAUUUAUGUUUAAAAAAUCACAAUGACCUGGAACUGUAACAGAAGUGUUUUUAGACUUUUUAUAUCUACUGUAUUAGAGGAAUGGUCAGGGGCUCCAUCACUGUGCACGUCCUGCAGCUCUUUUGACAGGGUGAAGUUGUAACUUCUGUAUGUAGCACACUCGGUAUAUUUAUCUGAAUGUUCCUGUACGGAGUGUAUUUGCUGUUGCACAGGAAUGUGAAUUGAAUGUUUGGAAUGUGAUAUACACAAAUGCACAUAAUUUGUAUGUUAAUAUGUUCUCAUGUUGACAUGUUCAGACAACUUCUGCCCAAUAAGAUCUGAGUCACUAAAAUGAUCCGAAGUUCCCAUCACUAAUAUAAUAUAAGUUUAUAUUUGGAUGAUUGACUGCAUGGGUUGGGUGAAUCCCAAUGAUAUGAUAGCUAAUGAAGCUAGUGGGGGCGGGAACUAGGAGAGUUGUGUAACUGAGUUUGAGUUAUUUUCUUGAAUUCUCUUUAAACAGUGGGCUGUUGGAUUUUAAGGCUUCACUGACUGUUUCCCUAAGAUCGUAGAACAGGCCGUCUGAUGCAUUAGCGGACAUUCCGUUUUCUUAGCAAGCUACUUCAUGGAUGCUAAUCACUACACUAAUAUGUUACUGUUAGCGUGAUAGUCUCCUUUUUUCCUGCUCUUAUUACUGAUUAUCUCUCAGAUCACCGUGUCUGCAUGUCUAGUGAGAUAAACUGCUUGCUUUUUUCAUUUAUUUCUACUGUAAUUUUUAUAAAACUGUAUUUAGUUUGUUUACUUGACUCAUUGUUUCGAGUGUGAUCGAUUCUUUUUCUGGGCAACUAUUAAUAUUGGUUAAUUUGGUCUAUGGGUUCUUUCUAGUAUAAUUCAGAGUAAUUUAAAGCAUAUUGUUUUGUGGUAAGACGUUAGUGAACUUUUAUCAGAGCAUUUCACCCAUUUUUAGUUAAUGUGAUUUUAUAAAUAGGUGGUAUCAUUUUAUUUUGUUUACCUAUUUUUAUUAAUAAAUUCAAUUU